GUGAACAACAAUGCGGUCAGAUAACCAUCUUUAUCUAGCCUAUAAAUAAAAAAGCGAUUGACACAUUACAGCUGUGCAUUUUAACAGCUGUGCAGCUUUCAGCUGGUGACAGGAUGUGUUGCAAACAUUCUUUACGCGGAAGCCGUCACUUUUAUUCACUUUCAGUGAGCAGACACAGGCUCCAGACUUCAUCUGUCUAAAAGGCUGAAGGCUCCGGGAUUCAGCCCCCACGUGUACGGACACCAUGAGGACUGUUUUACUCGGGAUAUUUAUUCUCUUUAAAGGAGCAAUUUGCAUGUCUGAGUACAACUUUAACGAGGUGAUCAGACACUUUGCUGUGGGAAACGGUAAGGUGUUUGUUGUUACCGACUCUCAGCUCCACCAAAUGCGGCACGAUCUCGAAGUGGAGAAGAUUAAAGUCAUAUCAAACACCACGCACCAGAACGCAGUGAACAUCUUGUUGCCUUUCGAGGCGAACGGAACUCUGAUCACAUGCGGCACUUUGAACUGCGGACACUGCGAGGUCCUGGAUAUAAAUGAUAUAACACGAACUAUCUACAUGGAGAACUUGCCGGUUGGACCGCUUGUGAACGAAUCAUCCGUUGCGUUCCUUGUCGAUUAUCCAGGCGACAGUAAAGGCACAUACCUGUUGGUGGGGAGAGAGAAUAAUGAUGAAAAGAAAACGUGUACCAAUGCCGGUGUGGCAUUGUACAACACUCUCUACACUCAGUAUGGUGAUAUUUUUUCUAAAUCAGACUCUACUACAACUGAAGCCUACAUUAAGAUUCCUGGUGUUGAGUGGGUAGAUGGUUUCCAGGUAUCUUCACAGUUUCAGUCCUACCUCUUCGCCAACAUUAAUUUAACCAGCAAAACAAAAAAAGUGGUUUUCUUUAAGAUGGAUAACAACCAGAAAAAAACAGAAAUGACGAGAUCUCUGAAAGUUGCAACUUUACGCUGCUGUGAUGACCAACUUCGCCAGAAACUUGUGUCCUCUGCCUUUAUCUCGUCGGAGUCUUCUCGUUUAUGGAUGGGAAUAUUCACUGCAGAGCGUCCAGACCACCCUGAGAACACUGUGUUGGCUAUUUACAACAUUACUGCCAGCAGACCAGUGAAUCCUCCUGAAGAAAUCAGAUGCAGUCCAGACUGUCCCAGAUCAACACAGAAUAACGAGGCUGUUGUAGAUCCCCUUGCUGUGGUAUUCAAACACAAUUCAAUGACAUCUGUGGAAGUGAAAAGUAAAGGGUCUUGGACUGUGCUGUACAUCGGAACUGCAAAUGGCCAACUGAUAAAGCUUGUACUGGACACAGAUUACAGGUCUGGCUGUGCAAAAGUACUAUACAGAUCUGAUGAUGACAGGAUGGUGUUUCCCAGAAUGUACUUUGACCCAGUGGAUCAUAAUUACAUCUACAUAGCUUUGAGAAAUCAGAUUAAACGUGUUGCAGUGACUCAGUGUGGUAUGUAUGGCACUUUAAGAGACUGCAUUGGCAGCAUGGACCCUUUCUGUGGAUGGUGUGGGGUCACAAAAAGAUGCUGUUUGCAGAAGGAGUGUACAGCACCAUCUUGGAUCUCCAUUGCUAAAGAUUCUUUUCAGAAGGAGCUGAUUUCCUUUCAGGUUAUUUCUUUGAUCCCUGGAGAGAUCAAUCUGACUGUACACCUGCACCUGGAGGCCACAGAAAGUCUUCCUUUAACAUGUACAUUCAAGGCAGGAAGUGUGGAUCUGUGUACUAGCCCAGUUGCACACUUUCCCAGCUGCUCCUGCAAUUUCCCUGAAAAGCACCUGUCUUCUGAUAGACUCAAAGUCACAGUGACAGUCAAUAUUACUGAUCAGAUCUUCACAGACAGCCUGACACUGAGGAGCUGCCCAAAUAUCACAGAGAAUACACAAUCAGAUGCUCAGUGCACAGCCUGUGUCUCAGCUGGGUGUUAUUGGAACAACAGUAGCAUGAAGUGUACCUGGACUCCUAAAUCUGCACCAUAUGUACACAUACAGGACAUAUGCAAGCAGUCUUCCUCUGAGAAAAACAACAUGCCAGAGAUCCUAGCUCUGUGGCCUAAUGAAGUCUCCUUUCAUGGCAAAAACAAUGCAAUGAUUAAGGGGAAAAAUCUGGAGCUGGUUGAGAGAAUUCGAUUCCAAGGUUUUAUGGACUGCAGUUUAAAGGAGACACCAGUGUUGGAGCGCUCUAAUGACACACUGAGGUUCCACAUUCCCAGUGGAAACAAAGAAACUGUGAGGGUGUGUGUGGUGACAGCAGGUGGACGUUGUUAUAGUAAUGCCACCGUUACAUAUAUUUCCCAGCCCACCUGUACUGAACUGCAGCCUGGAGUCACCUGGUCCAGUGGUGAGAGGAAGAUUCAAGUGUUGGGGAGCAAAUUAGAGAUUGUGGAUACAGUCACUAUUGAUACAUUUCCCAACGAGAUCAUCCUAAAGUCAUACGACAAGAGCUUUUGGUUUCACACUCAUAAGCAGAGAGACUUCAGAGCUGCUGGGCCAUUUACUGUCUCUCUAAGGGUGGUGAACUCAACAGUGGCCUGUUUAGGUACACUCUCUUACCAUCCAGACCCAGAAUUCACCAGCUUCACUACCUCUAAGGUGGUCAAUGAUGUGCUGGUAACCAUACAGAAAAAGGAAGACAGAUUGAAUUUGACUGAAGAGGAGCUAACGGUGUGGGGCAUACAGGAAGAAAAGCAGUUUGAGUGUAAAAUAGUGGAAUUUAAGUCCAGUGCUGUGAUCUGUAAGAUUUCAGGAGAUAAGGAUGGCGAAAUCAAGCUGGACUCACUCAGGAUUAGACUUGUCAAUGUUACUGAAACUGUACUGAAGACACCGGGGGCUGCAUAUCCGUUUAUACUUGUCGCAUUAGUCAUUUUGAUUGUUCUUGGUGCUGUUGCUGGGGUAUUUAUCCACCGUAAAAGCCAACGGCAGAUGAAUGCACAAAUGAAUGUACAUCUGGAAACGAUGGAGAAUGAGAUCAGAAAUGAGAUCAGACAAGGAUUUGUGGAUUUGCAGACAGAGAGUUCAAAUCUGGUUGAAAAUGUUGGCGCCAUUCCUUACCUAGAUUAUAAACAUUUUGCUUUAAAAAUAUUCUUUCCUGAGGGCGGGCCUUUAGCAAACCAGAUGAUCAAAGAAAUUGGCCAGGAUGCAGUGAAGGCAGAGAUGGAUGAAAGAUUCAAAGCUUUCUCUGCACUGAUUCGGGAUCAGACUUUUCUCACGUGCUUUGUCCAUGCUCUGGAGGAGCAAAAGAGCUUCAGCAUAAAGGACAAGUGUGCCGUGGCAUCGCUGUUGACUGUAACCCUACAUAGUGACCUAACAUACCUCACACAGCUGAUGGAGGAAUUACUCCAGAAUCUAAUGGAUCAGCCCAGCAAUUCUCAGCCAAAACUCCUGCUGCGUCGUACAGAGUCUAUUGUAGAAAAACUUCUCACCAAUUGGAUGUCCAUCUGCCUCUAUGGCUUUCUUAGGGAGUUGGCUGGUCAGCCACUCUUUCUCAUGGUAACAGCUCUAAACCAGCAGAUUUCUAAAGGGCCAGUCGAUGCAGUGACUGAGAAAGCUCUGUACACACUGAAUGAAGAUUGGCUGCUGUGGCAGGCUCAGGGCUUCAACUUCAGCCAUCUGAAGCUGAAAGUGCUGUUUGCUGUGGGGACAGAGGGAGAAGUCAGCGAACCACUGGAAGUCAAUGUCCUGACAUGUGAUACAAUAGAUCAGGUGAAGGACAAGAUCCUCCAGACCUUCCAGCGCAAGUUUGGCUUCCGAUAUACUCAACAACUCCGAGAUAUUGGCAUUGAAUAUAUGAAGGAAGGAAGUUCUGUGCCACUAGAGGAAGUAGAUGGAAGCUCGGAGGUGCAGGGGGAGGUGACUAUGCUGAACACACUGAAGCAUUAUGAAAUCCCAGACGGAGCUUCCUUUAAAGUAAUCACAAAAAAGGUUCACGCCCCUCUUAGUCCACAGACUAGUUUGAAAGAUGAACAGAACUUCACUACAAAGUACUUCCACUUGAUUGACCCAGACAUCGACAUAGACCAGAGCGAACACCCAGAGAGGAAGAAACUGAAGCUCAAAGAGAUUCAUCUCACCAAACUUCUAUCCACUAAGGUGGCAGUUCACUCCUUUGUGGAGACGCUCUUUCGGAGUAUCUGGGGAAUGCCAACCAACAAAGUUCCCUUAGCAGUGAAAUACUUCUUUGAUUUCCUCGAUUCACAAGCCGAGAAGAAAAAGAUCACAGAUCCAGAUGUUCUUCACAUCUGGAAGACAAACAGCCUGCCACUGCGCUUCUGGGUGAACAUUUUGAAGAACCCCAACUUUGUGUUUAGUGACCUUGAAAAGACACCUCACCUGGAUGCCUGCCUGUCGGUCAUAGCUCAAGCCUUCAUGGACUCCUUCUCCCUCACAGACCAUCAGUUGGGCAAGCAUGCACCAACCAACAAGCUUCUGUAUGCAAAAGACAUUCCUCAGUAUAAACAGGAAGUGAAGACAUACUUCAAGCUGGUGAGGGAUCAGCCAUCUGUCAGCAGUCAGGACUUUAAAGUGUUCCUACAAGAAGAGUCAAAGAAACAUGAGAAUGAAUUCAAUGAACUUGCAGCACUGAGAGAGCUAUACAAGUACAUGGAGCGCUAUUUCAUGGAGAUUGUACAACAAUUAGAGCAAAAGGACGCUUCCUGUUUACUGAAAGAGGAAAUGCAUCGUGUGAAGGAACUUUUUGAAAGUGCGAAAAGGAGUGCAUGGAUCUGAGCCAAUGUGCCUUCAACACUCAAAAUACUGUAUAUUCCCCAUGAUCUUCAUCCUUGCCUUUCUUCUCCUAAGCAACCUGUACAACGUGAGCCUGAGCAUCGCUCCCAACACAUGAGUUUGGUUUAAACUAGAACCUUUGCACUGCUUUUUCCUCUGAUUGUCGUCAAGAGCAGAAACACUAAUGUGAACGCCAGGGCGUGUCUUAAAUACACACCCCGAGUGAAUAUGAUUGAUAAAAACAAUUUUCACAUCAACAUAAUAAUGCCUCCCACUACCCAUCUUUAAUGAUUAGAAAAGAAACCAUUGGGAUCCUACAUAAGGAUCUCAGAGAAAAGGUUAUCAGCAAUAUAUUUGCGAAUUAUUUUAACAUAAGCUAACUUGUCAUGCUGUACCAUGAGCUAAAAUGUUCUGGCAAUGUCAUCUUUUCAAGCAAAAAUGUGCACAGUGACUUUGGUCCUUCACCACUGUAAAACCGUGUUUGUUUCCAUAUAAUAUAGCAUAAGGCUAGAUAUUUUUAAUUUUGGGGUGCAUUGGGCCUGUGUGAGAGCAGAUGAUGAAUAAAUAAACAUAGUACAUCCUACAGAUGCACAACAGUGCCACAGUGUCAAUAUAGCGCAAAAAGCUUUUAAGAAUCUGCGUUUUUCUCAUUUUGUUCUGUACAAUUUGUGUAUGUUCUGUAACCAUUGUAGAUUUAGUCUUUUGCAGAGAAAAAAAUAUAUUUAAGAAACGAAAAGGGAAAGUGAUUUACUUAAACUAGUAAAUUCUAUUCUUCUUCUUCUACUUCUUCUUUUUCUUCUGUGAAAAUUGGGACAGUUUGGGAAGGGUCUAAGGAACAUUCUGACCAAAUUUAGCCCAACUGCUGCCAAUGCUCUAGCACCACGAUUGGGCCAAUUUGGAAGUACGUUUAUGGUCAUAACCUGUGAACUGUGUAUCCAAAAUGUAAAAGUCAGGCAUCACUGGAUUUCUUUGUUUGAGAUUAGUUCAAUGCAUGUCAAUUUUGAUGUCAUGCAUUGGACUCUUGAACCCUAUGAUGUCAAUUUUCACCUAAUGAGAUUUUCCGACAUUAAUUUUUUUUAAAAGAUUCGCUACUGCUACUACAAAUUUUGUCCAAUCAUCACCAAAUUUGGCAUAUAUAAUCUGCAGACUAAGCCUCACAAAAAUUAUCAAAAGAAUUUUUAAUACUCCAAACAGUUUGCCCGUAGUGGGACAGUGAAUCUGCCAAACAGGAUGUGAGGCUGUGUCUCGACAAUGACCUUGCAUACUGACACAAAUCUAGGCAGCUUCAACACCAUGCCCUGAGGCUAUUUAACAAAUUUCAUCACAGCACCACUUACUGGUCAAAAGUUACAAUAACAUUCCAAAAAAUGCUCCCAUCAAAGUACCAUUUUUAGAAUCUUCACCUAAUUUAGAUCACAUCAUCUUGAGACUGGUCUAAACAACUGUCUGCUGCCAUUCUAGCCAUUCAGUGUUCUAUUAUACAGACAACACAUGACUGAAAGGGUUUAAUAUUAAGUUUGGUUCAUAUACUUGCACAAAGUGGGGGGAAAAGGCCCAAACUAAUGAGAAAAAGCAUAAAUACCUUAGAUGUUUUUAACUUGCAAGGAGAAAAAAAAAUCAGGUUAAAGCAGUAGCAGUCAGGACCACAGUUCAUAGUAGCAACAGACUACUACACCACAGGUCACAGCAGUAGUGAAAGCUGCAGCAGCAAUGCCACCCUGCUGCCCAGAUGUUCAUUUAGACCUUUCCUUCUACAGUAAGAGAAUUCCACCACUGUAUGCAGUCGAAAUAUACACAUCAAUGAGUGAAACUACACAUCACUCUUGAAUCCCUUUGCUUAAAGUUAUGGCUCUGCUUUCAUGUGAUUGCUUAGGCAACAAUUGUAGCACAUCUGUGAAUGUGCAGCUCACUGAGUCUGGGUGAUUGGCCCCCAGAAAUGCUGCUUGCAGCUUUAUUAUAAUCAGUUAUUGGUGUAUAAAUAUCUUUGAAAAAGAUACUUUGUUUCCAAAUACUUGGAGUUGUAUGGUGUUUACAAACUAUCACAUAUUUGCACACUAUAACUGUAACUGAGCUUUCAUUCCACAUACAGUACAUUGUACUAUGUACUAUGAUGUCCCCCGGACUGAGACUGUGAACGUCAUGCUGAGGGGUUGUACAGUCUAAUGGGCUCCAGCUGUUGUGUGUGUGCACUUUGGGCUCCAGCUGUUGUAUGUGUGCUCUUCUUUGGGCUCUAGCUGUUGUGUGUGUGCUCUUCUUUGGGUUCCAGCUGUUGCACGUGUACUCUUCUUUGGGCUCCAGCUGUUGCACGUGUGCUCUUCUUUGGGCUCCAGCUGUUGCACAUAUACUCUUCUUUGGGCUCCAGAUGUUGCACAUGUACUCUUCUUUGGGCUCCAGCUGUUGCACGUGUGCUCUUCUUUGGGCCUGUUGCGUAUAAAAAAUGCAUGAAAUAAACACCAGGGAGACCAAGUAUGAUUAAUAUGUAAGUUUAUUGAGGUUUCACAGACCAAGUAUGAAUAGCAUGUAAUUUUAUCGAGAGUUCACAGGACUGGUGGGAUCAUAAUACUGGGGGGAAUGGUAGGGAGAAAACGGGUGAUAAAAUAGGGUGCGUCCUGGGGACGUGGGAUAGCCAGCCGAGGUAUACUUUGGAGAGUACUCGGGACUGGCAGGUGAGAAAAGGGGAGAAUGGUCAGAGCCCGGGUCAGAGAAGGUCACAUCAUCCUCAGUCUGAUAGCUAGAGGGAGGGUCAGGCAGAGGGUCUGUCUGCAUAGAGGCAUCAAUGCACACAUUCGCGGGGUGGUUUCUGGAUCUGAGAGGUGGGGGGAACCCCGCAUUUCCAGAGGGGGUGCGCAGGUCGUCAAGUAGCAUAGUGAUGUCAGCAGUGAGAUGCGCGAGCUGAUAGCGAGUGUUCAGAUCCAAAUCCAGCCCCUCCAGUAAAGGAGAUAAGGAAAAGUGACGGGCACCUAGGACACACAGAAGCGAAUAAACGGCAUUAGGCGGGUAUUGAUGAAUUGGAUUCACACUUUAAGAUUAACAUUAUGAUUUAUUAUUCACAGAGAAAUAUAGGAGCUGAGGAGUGCAGGCUGAGAAACACACACACAGAGGCACACACAGUCCCACAGUCAAGGUCAGGCAUGCAGACAUAACACACAUACACACACACAGAGGCCUAGGCCGCCACGCACACACAUACAGAAGGAAAGCAGAACAUUAUAAAGAUAAUAAAAGGAGUAUUAGGAUAUUAUAAGGAUGAUAUAAGGAUUAUAAGGAUAUUAUAAGGAUAUCUAACAACUCUUCCCAGAUCAAACACAGCCUGCAUGCGAUGUACUUGCUGCCAUUUCAAUCUUAACACCUAUAUGGCUUUUACUAAAGUCAAGAGGAACAAAGACAUGAUCAUGAACAAACACACAAUUCAUUUUAGUAUCCCAUUAUAAAUUUUCAUUUUAAAAAUAUAUUUAAACUGUAUAUCUGACUGUUAUGACUAUGGACAAAUUUAGAAUUUUUCAGUUGAACAUUGUUGCUGUUUUUUUUUUUUUUUUUUCUUCAAAUACAAGAUUCCAUAUAAUGUUAAGUAGCAUUAUAUAUUCUUAACUGUAUAUAUCAUCCUAGUCUGAAAUGUUAAUUGUAAAAUGUUUCUAGUCUGACAGUGUUAUAUAUAUGUUUCUAGUCUGAAUUGUUUAUCUGUAUACAUGUUAAUAGUUGGUAAGGUGUAUUAGAAAUCUGACAUGUUGAUUUGUAAAUUUGUAUAGAUCUAGGUUGUAGAUAUCUUACAUAUGUCAUGAAUUUGUAAUUCCAAGGGCCCCAAUGAAAAACAGCACCUGCUGAGUGGGUCACUCUAGUUAAAUAUGUUCAAAUAAAUAAAUAAAUAUUA